ACUAUCAACUGCUACGUCGUAGCACUCACACUGGUCAACUCAUAAUUACCGUCAAAGUGUGUGUUGUGUGAUCUCAAAAGACCAGAGCGAUUUAUUCGAGAUAAAAGGAUAAAAGACUAACAUACCAGUCAACAUGGCGUUCGCCGGAUUAAAGAAACAAAUUAACAAAGCCAAUCAGUAUGUCACAGAGAAAAUGGGUGGCGCGGAAGGCACAAAAUUGGAUUUGGACUUCGUGGAAAUGGAAAGAAAAACAGACGUAACGUGUGAAUUGGUUGAAGAAUUGCAAACGAAAACCAAAGAGUUUCUACAACCAAAUCCAACGGCUAGAGCGAAAAUGGCAGCUGUCAAGGGAAUUAGCAAACUGAGCGGACAGGCGAAAAGCAAUACCUACCCACAACCUGAAGGAGUGCUCGGAGACUGCAUGUUGCAUUACGGAAAGAAACUUGGCGAAGAUACUAUAUUUUCACAAUGCCUCAUCGAGAUGGGAGAGGCCCUAAAACAGAUGGCCGAUGUAAAGUAUUCGCUAGACGAUAACAUCAAGCAAAGUUUUUUGGAACCUCUGCAUCACUUGCAGACCAAGGAUUUGAAGGAAGUCAUGCACCACCGAAAGAAAUUACAAGGACGCAGGCUCGACUUUGACUGCAAGCGUCGAAGGCAAGCGAAAGGCCCUGGUAGGGCCAGCCCUUAUAUGAGUCCAAGCCAUGGUUCAGCAAGACAUGACGACGAGAUUAGACAGGCAGAAGAGAAGUUCGCGGAGUCCCUGCAACUUGCCCAAGUCGGGAUGUUCAAUCUUCUUGACAACGACGAGGAGCAAGUGGCGCAGCUCGCUUUCUUUGCGGAAGGUUUGCUGGAAUACCAUCAACAGUGCACGGAGAUCCUCAAAGGACUUGUUUCUCAACUCAUGGAAAAGAAAGAGGAAGCGAUCAACCGUCCGAAGAUGGAGUUCGUACCGAAGACGCUAGCAGACCUGAACAUCGAGGGCAUGCAUGAUUUGAACCAUGGUAGGCGGUACGGUUCUAGCCAGAGUCUCUCCCGUCCCCGCCAGCCCCUCCCCCCCUCGUCGUCGGUCGGCGACCUCUCCACCCCCGACCCCUUCCGAGCCUGGGAGGCGCCGCACACUGGCCCGCGCACUGGCCCCCACGCUGGCCUCCACGCUGGCCCCCACAGUGGCCUGCGACCGGCGCCAGUCUUCAAACCUCAUCCCGCACCUCGCGCGCAACCCAACGGAAAGGACCCUUGGACAGCUUCACCGCUCCCAUCGCCCGUGAAGUCGCCGGCGCGAACACCGAUGGCUCCCAACAAGGCUCCGUGCUGUACUGCUCUGUAUGACUUCGAUCCGGAGAACCCGGGAGAGCUGGGCUUCAAGGAGAACGACGUGAUCACGCUGAUCAACAAGGUGGACGACAACUGGUUCGAGGGCAGCCUGAACGGCAAGACGGGCUACUUCCCCAUCAGCUACGUUCAGGUCAACGUUCCACUGCCCAAUAUGUAAACUUGGAACAUGUAGGUGUAACACAAACAUUCACUUUUAAUUGAAUAUGCAAUUUCAAAAAGGGCACAUGUCGCAUAUUCUGUCAAAUACGUUUUUUCAUAUACAUGUAGUUUUGAGGCUUACCUACACC